AUGGACCCUUUUCGAGUUUUUCCAUACGAAGUGAUGAUGAUGAUCAUCAACGAGCUUAACCUCACCACAUUGCGAGCUCUUCAGUUGAUGGGCGUUUCUCGUUAUUGGCGCGACCAUAUGCCGAAUUGGACUCAGCGACAGCAGAGGGUGAUGCACUUGAGUGGCGGUCACCUUCUCCACGCCUUACCUUUGGUGCAUACUGGUCGACAAUUGCUUGACAUUAUCGUAGAUGCACCGGAUCACCCAUAUACAAGCUUGGGGCUCGAACUAGUGCUUCGUGCUGUACAACAGCUACGCUUACCGACUAUGCUCUCAUUAACCUUACCCUGGGUAAGGGGCAGCCUGCCUCAUGCAUUAAAUGUAUUCCCUUCGAAUGCAACUCGUUUUGUGCAACAAUUGUCGCUUUUCCUGGUACAAACUCAAGUCGACCUGUUCCAUCUCAUGGUGCAUUUUCCAGCAUUAACCAGUCUUACGCUGGUAUGGCCAAUAGGCCAAUCCCCGCAAGCACAAUUUGUCGUUCCCGCCAACUUUGCACAGCCUCUCGUACUGGAAUGGUUGGCUUACUUGAAUAUUCAAGGUACACUUCCUUGA